GAAAUAAGGCUAUAAUAUGUAUAAGAUUGAUUGUCUUUAAUGAUUUAAAAAAUGUUAUUCUCCAUGAAUUAAUGCAUAGAGAUUAAAAUAAAAGCCUGAUAAAUAGCCAAUAGUUCUGCCAUAAAAGACCAUUGCAGAGGUAUCUUAAAAAAUGCUUGGUUCCCUUCCUUUAAAUCACCCUAUGUUAUCUGUUUAAGUUAAGCCUAUUUAUUAAAAACGUAAAAUUUAUGUUUAUUUACGUCUUUAUAUGUAAAUAUUUUCCCUUAUCGCCGUUAUAUUUAUUCAUUAUUGCUCAAGUGGUCAGUUAUUUGCAUUAAAGCUCAUUGAGCAAUACACUAUAAUCUGUGAUGGGUAAAAGAACUGACGAAUGUGUAACAAUGAAAAACGGAAACAUCUCAAACGUUCUGGUGUUUUUUGUUAAUGGCAAGAAGAUUGAAGAUAGCAAUGUUAAUCCAGAAUGGACUUUAUUGUAUUACUUGAGAAAUAAACUUAAACUGUGUGGAACAAAACUGGGAUGUGGCGAAGGUGGUUGUGGUGCUUGCACCGUCAUGGUUUCCAAGUACGAGAGAAAGCAGUGCAAAGAAAUACACAUUCCAGUAAACGCCUGUUUAGCUCCAGUAUGUUCAAUGCAUGGCCUAGCAGUCACUACUGUAGAAGGAAUAGGAUCGACGAAAACCAAACUUCAUCCCGUACAAGAACGGAUUGCCAAAGCUCACGGAUCACAAUGUGGAUUUUGCACGCCAGGUUUCGUCAUGUCGAUGUACACUCUCCUCAGGCAAAAUCCGAAACCGAAAAUGGAGGAUCUUGAGGAGGCUUUUCAGGGAAAUUUGUGCAGAUGCACUGGAUAUAGACCCAUUAUAGAGGGUUAUAAAACUUUUACAGAAAAUUGGGCACUAACUCAAAAUGGCACUUGUGCCAUGGGCGAUAAAUGUUGCAAGUUAAGUGGAAAUUGGAAUCAGAAUUCACAUGAAGAAGUGGCUUCCCUGUAUAAAGUUCCCAACGGGGUAAGUAAUGAAUUAGGCAGUGAUCGAGCGAAUAAUGCCUUUGAAGUAGACGAAAGGCUAUUUAAAAGUGAAGAGUUUACACCGUACCAUGCGUCCCAAGAGCCGAUUUUCCCUCCAGAACUUAAGCUAAAUGAUUCAUAUGACUUGCAGUAUCUAAAAAUAGAAGGUCCAAAAGUAACUUGGCAUAGACCAACAUCAUUGAAGAAGCUCUUGGAACUAAAGCAAGAAUAUCCAGAAGCUAAGAUUGUGGUGGGAAAUAGCGAAGUAGGGGUCGAAACUAAAUUCAAAAAUAUGUAUUAUCCGGUUAUUGUUCACCCCAGUCAUGUGGAUGAGCUCAGUGAAAUUGUGGAAACUGAGAAAGGUCUAAAAGUAGGAGCUUCAGCUACUAUAAAUAACAUAGACGCUUAUCUAAAACACCAAAUACAGAAACACCCUGAAUAUAAAACAAGGAUUUUCCGAGGAUUAAUUGAGAUGUUUCACUGGUUCGCAGGCAAGCAAAUUAGAUCAGUAGGAGCAAUAGGGGGUAACAUCAUGACUGGAUCCCCGAUAAGCGACAUAAUCCCAAUCCUCCUGGCCUCUCAUGUUCAAUUGGAAGUGUCCAGUCAUUCCCAAAAAGGCACCAAACUGAUCCCUUUUGAUGAGAAUUUCUUUAAAGGUUAUCGAAAAAGUUGCUUAGAUCCGUCGGAGGUUCUUUUAGCUAUUCACCUCCCUUUUACCACAAAAAAUCAGUUUGUAAAAGUCUAUAAACAAGCCAAAAGGAAGGAAGAUGAUAUCGCUAUAGUUAAUCUGGCUUUAAAUGUGAUCCUGGAUGAUAAUAUUAUUAAAAAUAUACGUUUUGGGGUGGGAGGUAUGUCAUUUAAAACAGUUUGCGCCCCACAGACCGAAAUUAAGCUUCGCGGCUUAGAAUGGUGCAGAGAAACUUUAAACUUGGGUCUGGAGAGUCUCGCGAGUGAGUUUCAACUUGAAGCAGGAGCACCAGGCGGUAUGGUAAGAUACAGACAGAGUCUGGUCCUAAGUUUGUUUUUUAGGGCGUUCUUGGCUAUAAGCUCGGAGGUGUCCGGGUUUAAACUGAAUAGGCAGGAGCGAGAUGCAGCCUUGGAGCUGAAUUGUCGGAAGGAAUACAAGAGUUCGCAAUAUUUUCAGAUACAUCCUUCAACCGACAAGGUUAUAGACACCUUACAACAGCCUAUAGUGCACCUUUCGGCCUACAAACAAGCCACUGGGGAAGCGAUUUAUGUGGACGACAUGCCUCACUUUGAAGACGAAUUGUAUUUGGGGCUAGUGUUUAGCACAAGAUCCCGUGCUAAGAUCGUAUCGAUCGACUUCACUAAAGCUUUAUGUAUAAAAGGUGUUUUUGGCACUUUAACCGCAGACGAUUUACCAAAAAAUAGGAACCGCAUAGGCACUUACAUAAAAGACGAAAAAGUGUUUUAUUCUUCAGAAGUGAGCAGCCAGGGUCAAAUUGUUGCUGCUCUAGUGGCGAUCGAUCAAGCCACCGCACAAGAAGCAGCAAAGUUAGUGAAGAUUGAAUACGAGGACUUGACUCCAGUUAUAAUCACCAUUGAGGACGCCAUAAAAAACCAGUCGUUUUUCCCAGACGAGUUCAAUCUUAAACUCGAAAAGGGCGAUGUGGACAAGGUUUUUUCUGAAGCUGAAAACGUUAUUGAGGGUGAAUGUUAUAUUGGAGGGCAAAAACACUUUUACCUGGAGACUCACAGUUUUAUAGCGGUACCGCUUAAGGAGGAUAACGAACUGGAUAUUUACGCGUCGUCGCAGCAUCCCACCGAAGUCCAGAAAACGGUCGCGGAAAUCUUGGAGGUGUCCCAGAAUAAGAUAAACGUGAAGGUGAAACGGCUCGGGGGAGGUUUUGGGGGGAAAGAGUGGAAGGCCACUAUGACAUCUUUGCCGGUCGCCUUGGCUGCUAAGAAAUUCAAUCGACCCGUCAGGCUUAUGUUAGACAGAAACGAAGAUAUGGUGAUGCACGGAGGAAGAAACCCUUUCUUCAUAAGGUACAAAGUGGCUUUCGAGGAUUCCGGCAAGAUCCUGGCUGUAGACUAUGUUAUUUACGUCAAUGCUGGCUACUCUAUUGAUUUCUCUUACUUUGUUUUGGAACGUUCUCUGACCCACCUAGAAAACGCUUUUAACAUCCAAACCAUUCGUGGUAAAGGAUUUUUAUGUAAAACCAACAUACAAUCCAAUACGGCUAUGAGGGGUUUCGGGGCUCCUCAAAUCGGUUAUGCCACUACUUGUAUCGUUGAUGAUAUCGCCAAUUAUUUGGGAAAAGAUUUGGCUGAAAUUAGCGAAAUUAAUUUAUAUAAGGAGGGGGAUGUCACUUACUACGGUCAGAAGUUGGAAAAUUGCACUUUAGUGGAUUGCUGGAAGCAGUGCAUGAAAAUGGCUAAUUAUCAGGAACGAAGGAGGAAAGUUGCAGAGUUUAACAGGAAAAAUCGUUAUAAAAAACGAGGCCUAGCCAUCAUUCCAAACAAACACGGAAUCGGCAUUCCGCAAGUUUUUAUGAACCAAGGGGCGGCUUUGGUGAACGUAUACAGCGACGGUUCCGUCUUAUUGCACCAUGGGGGAGUGGAAAUGGGUCAGGGGCUGUACACGAAAAUGAUACAGAUCGCCACAAGAAUUCUGGAAAUACCUGCGGAACGAAUAUUCACCAGUUACACUAAUACCGGAAUAGUACCGAACACGUUCGAAACGGCCGCUAGUUUGGGUUCUGAUUGGAACGGUGGGGCUGUAUUGAACGCUUGUCAGAAGAUCAUUAAUAGGUUGAAACCGUUUAAAGAAGCGAAUCCUAGUGGCACUUGGGAAGAGUGGGUCAAUGCCGCUCAUAUGAGUAGAGUCAGUCUACAAGCUACAGGCUUUUAUGCAACGCCUGAUAUAGACUACGAUUGGGUGAAAAAGGAGGGCAACAUGUACAACUAUUUCACUUAUGGGGUGGGCUGUUCCGAGGUGGAAAUUGAUACUUUAACUGGAGACCAUCAAGUUAUAAGGACCGAUAUUGUUAUGGAUAUUGGUGAAAGUCUUAAUCCUGCAAUAGACAUAGGACAAAUAGAGGGUGCGUACAUGCAAGGUUAUGGGCUAUAUACGAUGGAAGAAGAACUUUUCACGCCUUCUGGUUCUAUAAUAACCAGAGGUCCUGGCAACUAUAAAAUUCCAGCGUUGUCAAACGUGCCUGGGGAAUUUAAUGUGGCAAUUUUAAAGGGGGUUUCUAAUCCCAGAGCUGUUUACUCUUCUAAGGCUGUAGGUGAACCUCCGUUAUUCCUAUCCUGUUCUGUAGUAUUCGCUAUAAAAGAUGCGAUUAAAUCAGCCAGAAAAGAUAACGGAGUGUCGGAAAUAUUUAGAUUAGACUCUCCGGCGACCCCAGAGCGGAUUCGGUUGGCUUGUCACGAUAAAAUACUCGAGAAGAUUCCUGAAGAAAAAGAUGUUGAUCCUCGCGUUUCUUGGAGUAUUACUAUUUGAUUUAAGAUAAUUGAGGUGUAAGUGUAGUCAUGUUAUAUAUUUUAUGGGUAUUCUUUUUUAAUAAAUGUAAAUUUUUGUUGUGUAA